AUGCUUGCUUUAGUAGUUGGAGUUUUAUACCUUUUGGGUGGACAAACGGUCAGCGCAAACGAUGCGACAGGUAGCCGCUUCGUCUGCUCUGCCAUUCCUCCGGGCGCAGAGCCUGGCUGUCCGCUGGGCUCCCCCGAAAACCGCAUCCAGAAUACCAGUCCCGUGGAGGACGAACUGAGAAACACCAUCAUCCAACUCCGUGAGACCAUUCUUCAGCAAAAGGAGACUAUCGUCAGCCAACAGGGGACCAUCAAGGAACUGAACUCUAAACUUGCCCGCUGCGAGGCAGCUGCCGAUGACUCGAGCAAAUCCCGGGGUCAAAGCUCCAGGCGGAAGGAAUAUAACAAAAACACCAUGGGUGACCUGCCACGAGACCCAACGGAGACCAUAGACCAGCUAGGAAAGACCAUGCAGAGCCUGAAGGGGCGUCUGGAGAACCUGGAGCAGCGCUCUAACAUGUCAGGCAGCGGCGGCAGGGGCGGAGCCUCCUUCCCGGCAGAGCUGAGGGAGCUCCUGAGGAGCCGUCUGGGAGCGCUGGAGGGCCAGCUGCUAAAGAAGGUGGCCGAGCUGGAGGAGGAGAAGAGCCAGCUCUACAAUGACACGGCGGCCCACCGCCAGCGCACAGAGAGCACCCUCAGCUCCCUGCUGGAGAGGAUCACCGAGCUGGAGAGGAGUAACAAUGCAUUUAAGUCUCCUGAGGACUUCAAGGUGUCCCUGCCACUGCGUACCAACUACCUGUACGGACGCAUCAAGAAGAGCCUGCCUGAGAUGUACGCCUUCACCGUGUGUAUGUGGCUGAAGUCCAGCGCCAGCCCGGGUAUAGGGACCCCUUUCUCCUACGGCGUCCCAGGACAGGCUAAUGAAAUCGUUCUGAUAGAGUGGGGGAAUAACCCCAUAGAGCUGCUGGUCAACGACAAGGUGGCCCAGCUGCCCCUAUCAGUAAGCGACGGACGUUGGCAUCAUAUCUGUAUCACCUGGACGACUCGAGAUGGCUUCUGGGAGGCCUAUCAGGAUGGCGAACGCCUGGGCACUGGAGACAACCUGGCCCCCUGGCACCCAAUUAAACCUGGAGGAGUCAUUAUCCUGGGCCAGGAGCAGGACACUGUUGGCGGGCAUUUCGAUGCCACCCAGGCGUUUGUGGGCGAGCUUAGCCAGUUCAACAUGUGGGACCGAGUCCUACGGCCUGUGGACAUCAUGGGCAUGGCCAACUGCUCCUCUUACAUGCCCGGCAAUGUGGUGCCAUGGAUGGAUGCCAACGUGGAGGUGCUGGGAGGUGCCACCAAGGCCGCUCUGGAGAUUUGUGAAGACCGUGUGUUUGAUUCGUAAGACUUUGACAGGCGGCUGUUGCGUGUCUGGGAUCCAGACAGAAGUUGAACUAAGCUCUGGGCUGCUUUGAAAACUUCUUGACUGAAAUGAGGUUGCAGUGCAUGGGUAAAACACUGCUGUACACUUUAUAAUACCAACAUGGGUCGUCUCCUUGAUCUCCACAUUUAUCUUUUGUGACAAAAUUAAUCUAUUCUGAAGAGACUCACAUUGUAAAAUGGAGAUGAUUCUGCAGACAGAUUACCAACGGACUCUGAUUCUCAUACUGCCAUUAUGCUGAAUAUCAAUAUGCUGACUUGUCUGAAUAUACUGCCUUACCUUUAACAACCACAAACCCAUUGAGUAGGUGGGCAGUGACAACUCUGUUUUAUCAGUUAAAUGUGAGCUUAUAUUGACAAUAGCCAUUUUUGUUACGCUGUUGAUCACCACGGAUCUGAGCUGCAUGGCAGGUUCAAUUAAAUUAGCUUAAGUUCCAUAUCUGUGGCACACAGUAAAAGAGCAAAAACUGAACUUUGAUGAAAAAAGACCAGUGGAAGGUAAAAAACAUCAGUUAAAGGAAUCAAAGCAUUGUGCAUGAGUGUGGGCUGUAGCCAGUUUGAGUGGACAGAAAAAAUACCUGUGCAUGUUUUUGUGAGGGAGGAGAUUUAUGUUUGUUUGUGUACACACAGGUUUGUGAGCGUGUGUGUGUGUGUAUAUAUAUA